AUGGCUCAUAACUAUGAGAACGAAAAGCUAGAAUGGGAUCAGCAUCGCGCCUCCUUGACAGACCAAUUCUUGCAGGACGAACAUGUUGACGAGAAGCACGAGCCGGAACUGGCCGAGACGCCCGCUCCUGUCGAGUACACAGUCCCGGUUGCCAGGAAACUGCUGUAUCUGGGACUGUACUUCAUCCUUAACCUGGGUCUAACGUUGUCCAACAAGGCCGUGAUGCAAAAGGCCAGAUUUCCAUGGAUGCUCACUGUCCUACAUACGACCUCGACAUCGAUUGGUUGUCUGGCCCUGCUAGCGACUGGUCAUCUCAGAUUGACGAAGCUGGGCAGCAAGGAGAAUCUGAUCCUGGUAGCAUUCUCUGUGCUCUUCACCAUGAACAUCGCCAUCAGUAACGCCUCCUUGUAAGUACUUUUGAAGGCUCCAUUCAAGCGGCGAGUCAAUUACUGACACAUCCUCGUAGAGCAUUGGUAUCAGUGCCAUUCCAUCAGGUCCUACGAUCUACAUGCCCGAUUGCCACCAUCUUGAUAUACCGCGUCCUCUACGCACGAACAUACUCUCAACAAACGUACCUGUCAAUGAUUCCAUUGGUUCUUGGAGUCGGACUCGCGACCUACGGUGACUACCAGACCAGCCUCAUCGGCUUCCUCCUCACCCUCCUCGGCGUCUUCCUUGCUGCUGUCAAGACCGUUGCAAGCAAUCGACUCAUGACCGGAUCCCUCCAACUAUCAGGAAUGGAAAUUCUCCUCCGCAUGUCGCCACUCGCAGUAAUGCACUGCCUUCUCAUUGCUGCCUUCAACGGAGAGCUCGCAGAGAUCCGAGGCCUGGCAAGCCGCGGCUUCUUCGAGCCCAGACUCCUUGUAGCCAUUGUUGGAAACGGCCUCAUGGCCUUCCUACUCAACAUCGUGUCCUUCCAAACGAACAAGGUCGCCGGAGCUCUCACGGUCACAAUAUGUGGAAACGUGAAGCAAUGCUUGACGAUCCUACUGGGCAUUGUCCUGUUCAACGUAGAAGUCACACCAUUAAACGGCGUCGGCAUGGCGAUUGCCGUCUGCGGAGCAGCUUGGUACAGCAAAGUAGAGCUGGCGCGGAAAACCCAACAGCAGAAACCUCUCCCGACGGGAUCGGAACGAGUCUGA